CGACUCCCUCCCCGUCAAGCUCCAACGUUCACUCAUCCACCUCCCACAUCCCAUUCACAUCAUGGUCCCCAGACAGCGCGUCGUUUCCGGUCGCCCCCAGAAGGGCUUCCUCAGUACCGCCUACGAGGAACUUACUGCCGCCGAAAACGCUACCAUCGUUCGAAGCCUUCUUGUCUUCGGCGUUGGCGUUGCUUUCCUCCACAGCAGCCUCGGCGAGCUCCUCCUCCCUCCUAUGUAAAAUGGAUACCCUAUGCCUCCGUCCAACUCCGUGAAACGAAGGUCGCCCGACAGGCCGGGAACCGGGUCGACUAUUGAUCGCUGGAUACGUGCGGAAUCUUGCUAUGCUAUUGCUCUCGACAUCUGAAGUUAAUGAAUACGUGUAUUAUAUUUUUUUUGUGCAUUAAAUGGCUCCGCCGCGCUGAUGGAUGGGACAUGACUUGCCAG